AUCACGGAUCUGCUGCUGCGCCGUGUUUCGAAGCAGCAGCCUAGUACACCGAUGCGAAGUGAAUUCAGCAGAUGGCAGUAUCUGUCAAACCCGCGCGAGCGCCUCAACAAUGACACUUGCAACAUUGUAACAUUAAAACAUUCGAACGCGGUGCGCGCAGAUACAAUGUAUCGAACGCGGCAGAAGCUGCCGAGCCCAAGCAGAGACGCCGACGAGGAUUAAACCAGCGAUGGCUCUCCAUUUCUCUCUCACGUCUCUCGGGGAGCUCCAAUCUCUCGAUACUCGAACCGACAGCUAAUACUGCCAGGCACAGGCGGCUGCGUGCGUUACACGGGGCUCAUGGCGGAGUUUGUCGCCGAGAACUGCGGGGGCUCAUCGCCGAGCGCUGGCGGGAAAUCCGCCCAGCCUGGUGAAGAUGCGGACGGCAGUGCUGCGAGCGAGGUGUCGGUCUCAAACGGUGACUGUGGACUGUGUGCGCCCGAGAACCAGGGGCUCGAGACGGCCAACGCGUCUGUGGUGCUGGACGGCAAAACCGGAAUCCCACGGAAGGCCAGUAUUAUUAAGGAUGGUUCCAGACGUUGCAAGGAAAGGAAAAAGACAGUGUCCUUCAGUAGCAUGCCAACAGAGAAGAAGAUCAGCAGUGCAAGUGACUGUAUUAAUUCUAUGGUGGACGGGUCUGAACUGAGGAAAGUACGCUCCAAUUCCAGAGUCUACCACCGAUAUUUCCUCCUAGAUGCAGACAUGCAGUCUUUGCGAUGGGAACCAUCCAAAAAGGAGUCGGACAAGGCCAAGAUAGAUGUAAAAUCGAUUAAAGAGGUGCGAACCGGUAAAAACACGGACACCUUUAGGACCAAUGGAAUUUCAGAUCAGAUUUCCGAGGAUUGUGCAUUCUCUAUAAUCUAUGGGGAGAACUAUGAAUCGCUUGAUUUAGUGGCAAAUUCACCCGAUGUAGCAAAUAUAUGGGUGACUGGACUCAGGUACUUAAUAUCUUACGGAAAACAUACACUUAACAUGAUUCAGAGCAGUCAGGACAACAUGCGUGCGUCCUGGGUGGGCGACCUCUUCAACGAAGCGGAUGUCAUUGGUGGAAAAUGCAUUAGUCUUUGUUCGGCCGUACAGCUGAUCAAGAAUUUAAGUCCUGGGCUGAAAAAUGUCAAGAUAGAGCUUAAGUUCAAAGAGUUGCACAAAGCAAAAGAUAAAAUCAGUUCUGAUGUGAUCAAGGAGGAGUUCAUCGAAGUCUUUCACGACCUUUGCACAAGACCAGAAAUCUACUUUUUAUUGGUCCAGUUCUCAAGCAACAAGGAAUUUCUUGACACCAAGGACCUGAUGAUCUUUUUGGAGGCAGAGCAAGGCAUGGCCAAGGUGAGCGAAGACAUCAGUGUAGAAAUUAUUCAGAAGUAUGAACCCUCGAAAGAGGGGCAACUCAAGGGAUGGCUCUCCCUGGAUGGGUUUACCAAUUACCUCAUGUCAGCAGACUGCCACAUAUUUGAUCCUGAACAAAAAAUAGUGUGCCAAGACAUGAACCAACCCCUUUCUCACUAUUACAUAAACUCUUCCCACAAUACCUACCUGAUUGAGGACCAGUUCAGGGGUCCGUCAGACAUUACAGGCUACAUCCGUGCCCUAAAGAUGGGCUGCAGGAGUGUGGAACUUGAUGUGUGGGAUGGGCCCGAUAAUGAACCGGUCAUUUACACGGGCCAUACGAUGACCUCGCAUAUUGUCUUCCGCAGCGUCAUUGACGUCAUCAACAAGUACGCUUUCGUAGCCUCGGAAUUUCCUCUGAUCCUGUGCUUGGAGAAUCACUGUUCCUUGAAUCAACAGAGGGUAAUGUUUCAGCACCUGAAGAAAAUACUCGGAGACAAAAUUCACAUGGAUCCUCCAAACCUUGAGGACAACUACCUUCCGUCCCCUUCUGAACUAAAGGGCAAGAUUCUUCUGAAAGGAAAGAAACUUGCGAGCAACUGCACCGGCUCCGAAGGCGAGGUGACGGAUGAGGAUGAGGGUGCAGAAAUGUCUCAAACGACGAACAACGAAGGUGGUGAGCAGCAGACAGUUGUUCAACCUAAAAAGUUCCAGCUUUCUAAGGAUCUCUCGGACUUGGUGACCUUAUGCAAGUCUGUUAGGUUUAAGGAUUUCCAGACGGCUUUCCAGAACCAGAAACACUGGGAGCUCUGCUCCUUCAAUGAGGUCUUUGCCAAUCGGUGUGCCACUGACCACCCUGGUGAGUUUGUUAACUACAACAAGAAGUUUCUAGCGAGGGUUUACCCAAGUCCAAUGCGAAUUGAUUCCAGCAACAUGAACCCACAGGACUAUUGGAAAUGUGGCUGUCAAAUAGUAGCAAUGAACUAUCAAACACCUGGUCUCAUGAUGGACCUCAACAUCGGCUGGUUUAGACAAAACGGGAACUGUGGGUAUGUUUUACGCCCAGCGAUCAUGAGGGAGCAUGUGUCUUAUUUCAGUGCUAAUACUAAAGACUCUGUUCCAGGAGUGUCUCCACAGCUUCUUCACAUCAAGAUAAUUAGCGGACAAAAUUUCCCCAAACCCAAGGGCUCAGGCGCCAAAGGCGAUGUGGUAGAUCCCUACGUUUACAUUGAAAUUCAUGGCAUUCCUGCAGAUUGUGCAGAACAAAGGACUAAAACGGUCCAUCAGAAUGGCGACAACCCCAUCUUUGACGAGAGUUUCGAGUUUCAGAUCAACCUUCCGGAACUGGCAAUGGUGCGCUUUGUUGUUCUGGAUGACGACUACAUUGGGGACGAGUUUAUCGGUCAGUACACAAUUCCGUUUGAAUGCAUUCAACCAGGUUUCCGCCACAUUCCCCUCCAGUCGCUGACGGGUGAAGUCCUUCCACAUGCCUGGGUCUUUGUGCAUGUGGCCAUUACUAACCGUCGUGGUGGUGGUAAACCUCACAAAAGGGGGCUUUCGGUCCGCAAGGGUAAAAGGGGUCGUGAGUACGCCACUAUGAGAAUACUUCUCAUCAAGGCUGUAGAUGAAGUCUUUAAAUCUGCUGCGCUGCCACUUCGGGAGGCCACUGAUCUCAGAGAGAACAUGCAGAAUGCCAUAGUGCCGUUUAAAGAGCUUUGCGGUCUGUCUGCGGUGGCCAACCUGAAGCAGUGUAUACUAGCGCUCUCCCCGCGCCUCAUCGGGCCGGACAGCAGCCCGCUUCUGCUGUUUAACCUCAGAGAUCAGUAUCCCACCAUGGAGGCCCAGGGCCUGCUGCCUGAAGUCCUGAAGAAAGUGGUCACCGCGUAUGAGAUGAUGAUCCAGACCAGCCAAACGCUGCUGGAGAACUCGGACGGUGUGUACGAGCGAAUACUGCAAGUCCAGAAAUCAGCGAUGGAGUUCCAUGAGAAACUACACGACCUGGCGGUGAAGGAGGGACUGAAGGGAAGAAAACUGCACAAAUCUGUAGAGAGCUUCACCUGGAACAUCACCAUUCUGAAGGGCCAGGCCGAUCUGCUGAAACACGCUCGGGCAGAAGUGCUGGAAAACGUGAAACAGAUCCACUACGCCGCGCUCACCUGUGACCUGGCCAAGGGAGGAGUGCGACCCUCAUCCGGGUCGGGCUCCAAGAUCCGCCGCAGCCUGGACGCCAUCCCGGAGUCCAUCGCAGAGAAGGCGUUCAGGGAGGACGACAUCACAGACGAGGAGAACUGAGUCGAAGCGUCCCGCCAAAUCCCAUAAAUCCUCUCCCAGGGUCGCCGUGUACCGAGAGAACAUUUCACAAGAUCUCAAAAGCGUGGAUUCAGAAUGAAACGGAGCCAAGGCGUCCUCAACUUCCCGUUCCCGUCCCCUGUCCGUGUCUCUCCGGCGUCAGGUGGGUGUCGACGAGGCCGAACUUCGCUCCAGGGCUUUCUACAAGCACAAACUUUGAGUAUUAGGAGGAAUUAGAACUGGAGCCAUGAAUGUAACGAGACGUCGUGUGCGAGGAAAGAAGGAAGCUGUUUACAAUAAAGAACUACUUCGUGUUCUGUCUGCCAAAAUCAUAUGUGUGUGUAUAUACAGUAUAAAUAUAUAUAUGGAGAUCUGUUACCUUUUUUGCUAUGUGAACUUCUAAUGGAUCAGAUUAUUUUGUUAUGAGAAAUGGAUGUUUUAAGAGCUCAUAUUUUAUUUGCUUGUACAGAACUUGAGAUGUGGAUCUUGCGAGACGGCCCUGGCCCUUUAUGGGCUUUUUUUAAAUUACUUGUAUAAAUGCAGGAGGAUUUGGAGGAUGUGGUUCGAGAGAGAAUCAAGAUUUAGAUAUUACCAGCAGUUACUGUACAUGAGAGUCUCUGGAUGAUGGUUUUGUCUCUUUGGCCACGUGCACAAUGCAAAAUUGAAAUGCACUUACAUGUAAUCAUUUAGCAGAUGUUUUUAUCCAAAGCAACUUACAAAUUAAAAUUUACUAAAGUUGUCAUUCUGUGUGUGUACAGAAUACAGGCCUAAAGAUUUUGCAUAACGUGUUCCUAAAAAAAAAACCACGAAAGCCAACAGUUUAGCCCAGUGGUUCUCAACCUUUUUACCUCCAAUGCCAACGCUAUCUCACGGCCAAUUCGUACGUAUUUUACGAGGUGGCUUAUUCGUACGAAUUUGUACGACCUCACUCGUACGAUUUUAUACGAUUUGUCUAAACCCCAAUGACGGUUGGGUUUAGGGAAGGGGUUAGGUGUAGGUCAUACGUACAAAUUCAUACGAAUUGUUAAACUCAUAAAAUACAUAUGAAUUUGUACGAGUGUGGUCGUACGAAUAAGCCACCUUGUGAAAAAUGUACGAAUUGCCGUGAGAUCGGGUUGCCAAUGAACAAUAUUUGAAGGUCCUGCUUAAUUUAAGGGAUUAAAAAUUGAUAUUUUUACUCUAUUCUUUUAAAAUCUAUUGGAAUAUGACAUGCAAAAAAGAAAAGAAAAAAUGCUUGUUUUAGGAUUGUAUUAAUUUAUAUGACUUUUUCAGGACUAGCAAUUAAAAUUAAUUGAAUUAAAUAAAAUAAAAAAAUUUGAAGGCCUCACUUAAUUUAAGGUCAAGAUCAAGGAUAAGGAUUUUAAAGGAUUUUAUUCACAAAUAAAAAUGUGAAAAUUCUUUAUACAAAAUAUGAAUUAUGCUAUAAAGUUUUAUUAAUUGACUUUUCCAGGUCUAGAAAUUUUAAAUGAAUUCAAAUGAAAAUUCUAAUCUUUUUAAGUCAUCUUGAAGCCCCUCUGGAGGAUUUGCUCAUGUUGAGAACCAUUGGUUUAAAUACAGUAGCUUGAUGUUAAUUGUUAGAACUGUUCUAGUCUUUCUACUUUAAAAUGUAAUUUAAUGUUACAUUAAAUGUUACAAAUUUGACUCCUAAACUGCUGGCGAAUUUGAAAUUUAUUACCAAGUAGAUUUCUCUGAGUGAAUGAGUGGCAAGCAUAUUUCCCUGCAGUGUGUCGGUGGUCUUUGAGAGCGGACUGAAUACUGUACGUCAAGUGUUAGGAUUACUGCUUCUCAGUCAUUCCUGGAAACAAAGUAGUUCAUGUGUGUUCAGAUGAGAUCCUGCCUUGUUGCUGAAGUUGUGUCUUACAUUGCCUUUUUUAAACCCAACUUCUCGUUGCUUCUAGUUUGUAAAGUGUUUGUUUCCGGCUCAUUCCGUUGGUCUUCUCAUUGUGCCAUUCUACUGUUGGACCCUGUGAACCACUUCCAUUGGAUUUUACAUGUUGUGACCAGAGAUUAAACUGGACAUGAAAAGAAACUAGUCUGUUUAUACAUUUCAGUCAGUGCUGUUAUUGUGUAUUUAUAACUAUAGUUAACCAUUUAUACCAGUAAAGAGUGGAUGAUAGUUUCUAAGAGAAUAUCACUUUUGUUUAAUUCUGUUAAGACCCAGUGCUCUGAAAUAAACCAUGUUAAGUACA